AUGCAGGCGCGGCACCAGCACAUCGGCAACCUGGUCUUCCUCCUGCGCCACUAUGCGGCCACCAGAGACUGGACCCGCCUUGCUGGCUUGGUGGCCACACUGAUGGCCUGUGACCGGCCUGAGAACCUGAGCGACGUGUGGAUGUUUCGGCACCCCGACAGCCGCGCGCGCCUGGCCGAGGCGUUGGGAACAGGGUGGCUGCUGCUGAGCCAGCAUCCUGGCGUGCUAAGCUACGAGCAGUCUCUGCGGUAUUUGAAGCAAUGGGCGGCCUACCAGCUGGCACCAGCGGGCAAAGAGACGGUUUAUCUGAAGCUUGCACAGUUCAGCAAGGAACAGGGGCACGCCACAGACGCGUGGGACUUGCUGAGCACACAGACCUUCUCCACAGCCCCCGCCGAGGGGGAGCGGAGGGCACUCAUGGCCAGCAUCAGGGCAGAUGCCUGGGCAGAGGUGCGCUAA